AUGACUGAUUCUGGUGAUGACAUUUAUGCUGGUUUCGAUGAAUUUAAUACACGAGCUGACGUAGAAAACUUCUUGAGUGACGAAGGUUUCCAGCAUGCUGUCAAGGCUACCAGUCAUGGUAGAAAACCGCCGGUAGCAACUCGCACCGCAAUCAAUAAUGCUGUUGGUCGAUUGCAAACCGGAGCCAACCUGAGACUGACCACAGCCGCUGGAUCUAGUUCUGGUGAUGGAGGCCGACCGAUGACAUCUGUUCGGGCAGCAGGCUACUCAUCAAUGGGUCGAAGGCUAUCAACAACAAUGGGCAACGCAGGUGCCUGGUCAGGCGGCCAACUGCCCUUGGACACCGGACCUGCCCCACCGCUGGAAGUCAGAUCUGACGAUAGUCCGGAGGAGAAGAUUAAGGUUAUGGAAAAGCGAUGCCCCAUCGUUGGCGAUAUUCGGGAGACCAGGCGUUGCUCUGGUUCUUCGCCUGAGGUAGUCCCACUCGCUUUUUUUCAGGUCAAUGAACUGAUCGAAGAGAGCUGUGUACUAGCCAGUCGGGGAGAGAUUAGUGCAGCCUUUGAAAAGGCCAAGGAAGCCGGUCGAAAAGAACGUGUCCUUGUGCGUCAAAGGGAACAGCUCGGAGUGGCGGAUCAGAUCAAUUUAGACCUCACCUAUUCUGUCCUGUUCAAUUUGGCCAAUCGGUACGCGGCCAGUGGCAUGUAUCAGGAAGCAUUGAACACAUAUCAGGCGAUUGUACGAAACAAGAUGUUCGCACAUGCCGGUCGAUUGAAAGUAAAUAUGGGCAAUAUUUAUUUCGCCCAAAAGAACUAUGUGAAAGCAAUCAAAUUCUAUCGAAUGGGAUUGGACCAGGUUCCAAACACCCACAAAUGCAUGAGGAUUAAAAUCAUGCAAAACAUCGGGAUCACAUUUGUGAAGUUGGGUCAGUACGCGGACGCGAUCACCUCGUUUGAACACAUCAUGCAAGAAGAUCCGGAUGCGAAGACCGGAUUCAAUCUGAUUCUGUGCUACUUCACCACCGGAGAUCGAAGCAAAAUGAAAUACGGGUUUCAACAAUUACUCCGAGUUGAUUUGCAUUUGGAUGAUGAGGACCGAUAUUUGCCACAUAAUGACGAUAAGCAGUACGAUUUGAUCCUGGAAGUGAUCAGAAACGACGAGCUACGUUUGUAUGAGAAGAAACGGAAAACACAAGCUGAAACAUUUAUCAAAAUGGCAGCUAAGCUCAUUGCUCCCGCGAUUGAAUCCAAUUUUCACGCUGGUUACGACUGGUGCAUUGAACAAGUGAAAAUGUCCAACUUUCAUGAACUAGCCCACGAUUUGGAGAUUGAUAAAGCCGUGAUGUAUUUGAAACAGCGUGAUUUUCAUCAGGCGAUAGAAACACUGAAGUCGUUUGAACGAAAAGACACUCGUGUGGCCAGCACGGCGGCCACAAAUCUCUCCUUCCUCUAUUUUCUCGAGGGUGACCUGGCCCAGGCAGAUCGGUACGCUGAUCAAGCAUUGGCGGCCGAUCGGUAUAAUCCUGCAGGUACGUCAGAUUUCCAUUUCCACNAACGAGCUCGGGACUGCUACACGGAAGCUUUACAAGACGAUUCCAGUUGUGUGGAAGCAUUGUACAAUUUGGGCAUUGUUUGUAAACGAACUGAAAGAUACGAGGAGGCUUUGGACGCAUUUUUCAAACUGCAUGCUGUCCUGCGCAAUAGUGCCCCGGUUGUCUAUCAAAUAAUGGACAUCUAUGAGAAAUUGGAAGAUCCAACACAAGCUCAAGAAUGGGCAAUGCAAUUGCAUGGCUUGGUUCCCAGUGACCCUUUCCUUCUCCAGCGGUUGGGUGACAAUUACGAACAAGAGGGUGACAAAUCCCAAGCAUUUUCCUACUAUUAUGAUUCUUUCAAAUACUUCCCGUGCAACUUUGAUGUUAUCGAAUGGCUUGGAGCAUAUUACAUCGAAUCGCAAUUUUGUGAAAAAGCCAUCGCUUAUUUCGAGAGAGCAAGUCUCAUGCAACCGAAUCAAACCAAAUGGCUCCUGAUGAUCGCAUCCUGUCAUCGUCGAAGUGGGAAUUAUCAACAGGCUUUGGAAACAUACAAAGCAAUGCACAAGAAAUUCCCCGACAAUAUUGAUUGCCUACGAUUUUUGGUCCGGCUUAGUGCCGAUAUGGGUCUUCCGGAGGCGCAAGAAUACACAAAUCGUCUGAAACGAGCAGAGAAAGCUAAAGAGGCUCGGGAACAGCGCCAACUCUCCGCCAGUAACCGUCGUGGUAGUUUUAAUGUGGCUAGCGCGGGUCGCACUCAGGGCAGUCGAGAGAAUUCAGCCAGUGCAAGCAGUGGAGGUGACAGUCGGGAAGGCAGUGCCAAACGCGGUUUCGCCCGCGGACCAUUGUCACGUUCAUCGGUGACGAAUUUACCUCGUCAACCGGAAGACAGCUCCGAGUCUACACGACAGGCCACCAUGAACGGUAGCGUAGAUUACGUGGAUCCUUUGGGUCCGGCGGCAGAGCGUCCUCGAACAGCUGCUCGAUCUAGACCAAUCCAAGACGAAUUUGCAGAUGAAGAAAUCGAUGACAACCUCCUUCCUGAAUAG